ACUGACCUGAUGAAUCAUCACACACUGUAGUAUAGAUAUUGUGUUUCUCCAUGCAACUGUUGACGGACAUGAGCUCAAAUACACUUUCUGCUGAGUUAGAGAAGCAGAUUCGCCGCCUGUGUCUGAAUGACUUUCCCUGUGGAUAUGGCACCUGGAGAAGGAAUAAAGACAGUACAGAGGGAGCAGAGACCGAGGAGACAGACGCCCUCCUGGACCUGCUGAGCUGCCCUCACUCUCCAUGGCGGCACGAUGAAUCCUGGAGCCCUCAGGCUCCGGCCCUGAGACAGCUGGCUGUGCUCACACCUGAACGCCUACACACAGAUUUCAUUUACAAUUACUUUACAACACUUCGUAUCAUUGGCAAGGGCGUAUCAAUCGUCGACAACGGCCUGUUGAAGUUCUCUAAGCUGGAGGAAUUGGUGCUGAGUGCCAACAACAUCUCAGAAAUCCCUGCAGAAAACCUUCCCAGAACUUUGAAGAUUUUGGAGCUCCAUGCCAACAAGCUGUCUGCUCUAAACAGUCUCACCAACCACCCGCCUCCUCGCCUUCAGUAUCUCGGCCUCGGCUCAAACAGACUGGGUUCCCGUUACGACGUGUGUUAUCUUACAGGAAGACACUGGCCACAGCUGGUGUGUCUGGACCUGAGUGACUGUGAGUUUCAGGACCAGCGGGCCCUGCUGAAUGCCUUGAGGACGCUGCCCUUCCUCAGGACGCUGGUUCUGCAGGGAAACCCCUUCACGCUUGCUCCCUCUUACCCAGGCUUCACCGUGGACAGUCUCCCGCAGCUGUCCUGCCUGGACGCCUCGUGGAUUGCCCCUGAAGAAAGACGUUGUUUUAGGGGCUUGGUCGACAAGACUGACCUGAUGGUGGACCGGGCAUCAGCCACAGUGAGAGUGGGCAGGCUGAGGGGAAUCCCAGACCCAGAGAUGAAAAUGGACGAAAAUGCCCCUGACUUCCCCGUUAUCACCUACAGCUAUUUCAUCACAUACGAGUUCCUUAGUCAUCAAACGGUUAACCUGAAACUUGACGGUUCGUCUGAAGUUGUAACAGAGGACGGCUUCAGUGAUGCCGACCUACAGUCAGACAACAACUGUGAAAAAGAAUCGUCCAAACCAGACACACAAGAGGAAACCUGUCAUGAUAUUACACAUGUGUCAAAACGCAGCACAUCAAAGCUGCUAUGGUCAGAGUGCAUGGACCUUAGUGACAUAAAAACAUACAUUGUCAGUGAUCUGGGGCACUUAAAGAGAUUCUUCAAGAGGGGGCUUCAUCUUUCAGUAGAGGAGGAAAAGGUCCUGUCGUGGCCUGCAGCCUCUGAAGAGGUCCUGGUGACCAAACCCAGCCGGACUGCAAAAGAGAAGAAAGGCAGGAAAGGGAAGGAAUCUCCAAUCAAAUCAGGUUCCACCAAAGACAAGCCUAAAGACAAAAAGAAGAAGUCUGUACCGGAGCUGGUCCAGGACGCCCCCAUCAGAAGAGUCCUCGGCUCCGUCCACGUCCCCCUGCAGCGCCUGGUCAAAACAGGUCAAAAGGUCAAUGUCCUCUGUGACCUCGGUGUUCUGCACACGGAGUCUGAGGUGGAAGCUACACAAACACUUGAAAAGGAUCAUGGAAAGAAAAUCAAAGAGGACAAGAAGAAAGACAAGGAAUCAAAGCAGAGAGGAGGCAGCGGCACUAAACAGAAAAACACAUCAGCUUCAAAAGGUAAAGGAAAGGGAAGGAAGGAAUGUGACAUGGACGUCCCCACAGGAGACUCUGUGUCCAUCCCGCUGGAGCCAGUGACUGUGGAGCUGAGUGUGGAGCUGGAGAAAUGGCAGUCUGCAUCUGAAGCUCAUGAAGCGCCCACACCAAAACUCCUGAACACUAGCAGAUAAACCAGGCUUACUUACUAUGAUUUCAGUUCAACCCACUGUAUUAUCCUCUAAACUAGUCCUGGCCAGAUUAGUUUUCAUUCUAAGCUUCACAGCUACAGUUACCCACCAGACAAAAAAUACACAGUUUUUCUUCCUACCUGCAUUCCCUCAUUACUGCUGCUGGCGAAUAUACUGUAAAGUUGAAUAUUUGAUUGUUUCCACCACACGGAGGCUUUAAUGUUACCUGUACAAAUUAAGUAGCAUAGUCCAACUGAUAAACUUUAGUUUCUUAAUUCAAAUUUUGUUGCCAAAAACUGACUACUUGCUAAUGUAUGGAAGCCUUGAAAGGCAAGCGAGGAUUUUUUUUUUUUCCACCUCUCAAACAGGUUUGGGCAGGUGAUAUUUGUUGUUGUUUUUGUUGCUGUUGUCAGGAUUGUUUUUCUAAAGCUAAGCUCACACUAAACAGCUCUCAAACUUGUCGGAUGGCUGUACUGUUCAUACUACAGUUUGUCUUGUGAUCAAGAGUCUUGAAGUUGCUGUUUUCACACUAUGUGACUGACACACUACAAAAUCUUUCACCAG